AUGCUGACACACUUCCUUCGAUUUAUUUGUCCAUUCUUAAGCAUUGUCAUCUGCGGGCACUUCAGCCGAGAGGAGCUAGAUGCGGCCUCUUUGGCCAGCACUGUAAUAAACGUGCUUGGUCUUUGCAUAGACAUGGGGUUUUCAACAGCCUCGGAAACCCUCUUCAGUCAGACUUAUGGCAGCUCAAGGCGAAAGUUGAUGGGAAUCAUUCUACAACGAGAGUCAAAUAGUCACGGGAUUGCCUAUUUUAGGUUGGCUUCUGAAUACAUUCUAUUCUUUCUCCCUGGUCUCUAUUGCGAUUUUUUGUUCAUGACUCUCUCGCGGUACUUGACGAGCCAAAACCUCGUUCGACCCAUGAUGAUCGCUGCCUGUGCAGGAACAAUUUUUACGACUUUAACUCAACCGGCGGUUUACAGGCUGGGCCUUGGACUCAGGUGGGCAUUGGCGCAUGCUGUCCCUUUGGGUAUUUGCACUGCAGUGAAUGUGAGGGUUGGGCAGGGCCUCGGUGCCUUUGAUCCACAGAGAGCACAACAUACGUACAUGACUGCUCUUUUCUCAGUGUUUGGGAUAGUCGUUACAACUGCUGUGCCUGUCGUCUUGUUGCGCCAUAAGAUACCGUAUCUCUUUACGACAGACAGGGAAGUAAUCGAGGAGGCUGUAAAACUAUUUCCCAUGCUCCUUAUCUUUCAAUUCUGUGAGGGUCUUGGUGGUGUUUCAGAGGCCGUUUUAUUGGCAUGCGGGCGGCAAUUUUUGGGUUCUGUCACAAUUUUUUUGGGUUACUACGUUGUUGGUCUUCCGCUGGGUCUUCUCCUCACGUAUAAAUUCGAAAUCGGAAUUAUCGGUAAGUUGUUUCGUGCAUUAUGCAAUGUACGUCAAAAUUCUGAGGGUAUCACCAACGUUUUCAAAGAACCAGAUAAUAUUGCUAAAUGGCUUCGUGUUCAUUUAUGUUUCGUACUUUCAGAAACACUGCUGCAUGACCCCAUUCGAAGCAGAUUCGUUCCAACGAAUUUGGAGAUGUCUAUUGAGGAAAACCAACCUCCUCUGACAACUCAUCAGUCAGAUUACACAAAUAUUCGCUUUCGUGUCGCCAUAUUCGUUAUCAUUUUGAUCUUCCUGUUUUGCAAUCUGUGGUACCGUUUUUUCCAUACUACGCCCUAUUGGAUGGUUGUGUGUCAAAACCAAACAGGUAAGAAACCAAGCGGCGAAUUUUGUAAAAAUCCUCCCUCCCAUUUAACGUGGCCGCUCUAA